CGACAAGGGCAAUCUCCCGCCCCCCGCAAGACCCCUGAUGGUGUUCGUCCUGAUGACCGUGUGCGGCCUCGUCCUCCUCGUCCUCAACGUCCUCAUCAUCGCCUGCAUCUUCCGGCGCCGCAGGAGGAGGAGGCUGAGGGCAUCUUCGAGGACGAGAGCGAAGUCCUCCGAAGCGCCGGCGGCCCGUGAGGAGGAGGAGGACGGCUUUGUCCCUCUCAAGACCCGCACGCCUUCCGGGUCAGCUCAGUGCCAGGGCGAAUGCCGCGACGGCGCCGAGGACUGCGAGCACACGAGCCUGAUGGAGCAGGCGGCCCCCAGCAGCUCCUCCGCCAGAGCCUCGCACCACCAGUCCGCUGGGUCCUCCCUGGGGAAGACGCCGCCCAGGGAGGACGCGAGUCUCCCCCAGAACGGCGGCGUCCCCUCCAAGAAGUCACCGGCUAGAGAGCGACGUCGGAAGGGGCGCUCGACGCAGCGUGACAUCUCUCCCGACGUCCGCGGCGAGGAGAAGACCUGUGCCGCACCCUCCGUCCCUCUCCCGACUCCUCCCGCGGCGCUCUACGGGAGCCUGGACGCCGCCGCACACGUGCUGCCCUUCGCCGCCCCGCGACACGUGCACAGCCACACGCACAGCUGCAUCAUCCACAGUCCGCAGGAGCAGUCCCCUCACCUCCACGCGCCCAUGUUCAUCCCCAGCGUCUACGACGGACGGGACUUCGCCCAGACGCUCCCGGGGCGCAACUACGUGUGCCGCGAUCACCAGAGGCACCAGUACCAGGGGCACGGGCCACAGGACAGGCACCCUGAGUGCCAAGGACAGUCUCCCAAGGCGUAUCAUCAGGGAUUGCAUCAGCCGUACCAGGGGGAAUACCAGGCACAUCCAAUGCAGUACCAAGAACAGCAUGUGACAUACCAGGGACACAAGAAGCAUACCAGCGGCAAUGCCAGGCGCAGUGCCAAGCCCACCAAUCACAGCCGAACGCGCAGCAGCAGCAAAUUCACGUGGACGACAGUCCUUCGCGUCAGAGGCCCCGUCUUCCUCAGGACGUCCCAGCUGCCCAACAGACGUACUUGCAUUCUGGCAGACUGGGAGGCACGGACGGCGCGCUCCCCGGAAGACCCGCCUUGCCAGUAUCCCGCUGAAGGGGACACAGGGACCAUGCUGACGGAGGAGGACCAGACGCCCUCCUUCCUGGAGACCCUGCAGCGCCCCCCGGAGGCCUUUGCAGACCCGACGUCCUUCGACCACCCCGUCUACUUCCUUCCGCAGCAUCCCGAGGGCCUCACCCACGGUCCUCCCCUUGCCCCCCCGGCGCUCUCCCCGAAGGACGGGCGCCAUGGCCUCCCGCCCUUGCCCCUCGACGCCUGCCCCUCGCGCCCCUUGCCCCCCUCGUGCCAGCACACGCCGCCGCCCCCGGACCAGGAUCGCCCGUCAUCCUCCAGCCGAAGUCACAGCCGCCCGCCGCCGCCCAGCCCGGGCUACCGCCGCCCCACGCCACCCAGUCCCCGAGGCCCUCGCCGCCCAUCCCCGCCCUCGCCGAGGACACCCACCCCGAGGCGGCCGUCCCCGAAGGCCAGGCGCCCCCAGCAGCCGCCCGACAGCCCGAGCCGCCCCCCGCCGAGCCCUGCCCCAGGUCAGGCGCGGGCCACGACGCCCUGCGGCCCGCCUGCCCCAUCGCGUCCAGCUCCAUGA